GGGGCGGUGGUGGGUUAUAAGAUUUUAGCUGAGCCGUUUCCGGGAGGCGGAGCUUCGACACCCACUUCCUUUCUCCCGGAGCUGCGGCGCCGCCCGCUGGUUUCCGAACCUCUCGGGCCAGGCCCUGCGCUGCCCCCAGAUCUGAGGCAGCAUGGGCGGUACCCGGUACGCGAGGUGGGUGGCGGCGGGCCUGCUCCUCGGGGCCGGUGCCUGUUACGGCAUUUACAGGCUGACGCGGGGCCAGAGGCGCGGCGACCGUGGGCACCGGCUGCGCCCCACGCGCUCGGCAGAAGACUUAACUAAUUGUUCCUGUGAUGAUGUCCUCAAUGCUGAGCAACUUCAGAAACUCCUUUAUCUCCUUCAGUCAGCUGAGGAUCCCAUAAUUAUUGAAAAAGCUUUGGUCACUGUGGGUAACAGUGCAGCCUUUUCAGUUAACCAAGUUAUUAUUCGUGAGCUGGGUGGCAUUCCAAUUGUAGGAAGCAAAAUCAACCAUCCUAACCUUAGUAUUAAAGAGAAAGCUUUAAAUGCACUGAACAACCUAAGUGUUAAUGUUGAAAAUCAAGUCAAGAUAAAGGUAUACAUCAAUCAAGUCUCUGAAGAUGUCUUCUCUGAUCCCCUCAACUCCCCUGUGCAAAUGGCUGGACUGAGACUGUUAACAAAUAUGACAGUUACCAAUGACCACCAGCACAUGCUUAACAAUUACAUUACAGACCUGUUCCAUGUUUUGCUUAUUGGAAAUGGCAGCACCAAGGUGCAAGUUUUGAAAUUGCUGGUGAAUUUGUCUGAAAAUCCAGCCAUGACAGAACAACUGCUUAGUGCCCAAGUGGACCCAUCAUUCCUUUCCCUCUGUGAUGGCCAUGUAGCAAAGGAGAUUCUUCUUCGAGUCCUUACACUAUUUCAGAAUAUAAACAACUGCCUCAAAGCAAAAAAAAAUCGCUUAGCUCUUCAGUCUAAGUUCCCUGAAGGAUCACUGUUUUUUCUGUUAUAUGGAGAAGAAUGUGCCCAGAAAAUGGAAGCCUUAGUAUAUCAUCAAGAUGACGAGGUGAAAGAAAAGGUAACAAUAAUACCAAAAUCCUAACUGGUUGGUAAUAUUUUUCCAAAGGGUAAUGCAGCCUGAAAGUAAUACAAAUAUAUAUAUAUAUAUAUAUAUAUAUAUAUAUAUAUAUUUUUUUUUUUUUUUUUUUAAUCUGAGACAUAGUGAAAGAGACCAUGGCACCAAAACUACUUUCAAUUCUGUGGAAACCAGGCUCAAACCUGGACAGAGAUUUAUUUUUCAUCUUCAUUACAAAAGGAUUCUUUCAGCUGCUGAUCUGAAUGUCACAUUUCCUCAUUAACACACACACACACACACACACACACACACGACCAAUUUACCAAUUCCAAGUGACUAUAAGCGAGCUGGGGAUAUAGCAUAAAUGUUAUACAAAAGAAGACUUUCAUGCCUGAGGUACCAAAUAUCCCAGGUUCAGUUCCCCACCCCCAACUACCAUAAACCAGAGCUGAGCAGUGCUCUGGUUAAAAAUAAAUAUUUAUUUUUUAUUUUAUUUUGGUAGCUAUUUCCAAGAUACUUUUCAAUUACUGAUAUUUGCAUAAAGUGGCAGUGACCAUUUUUGUUAGCUAGCCUUCUGUUGUUUGAAGUGACUUGCAGUUAACUAGUCUGAGAGAUUAUUAGUAUUUAGUUGUUUCAGAACUACCAUUAUUAAGUACCCUCCCUUUUUUUUUUUUCCUUUUUUAAUCAUAAGAUCCUGGUCCACAUGAACUAUACUACAUUCAAAAGGCUCUUCUAUGGUCAGAAUCUAUUCCAGUCCAUGAAAACAAUGAACCUUUAAGAGAAAUGUUUCCUAGCACUCACCUAUUCCAAUGUACCUACCAGGAUAAAAAAAAUUCUAGAUGUAAAAGAGAUCAGAAUGUCUAUCCAUAGGCAAUUAGUCAAAUCAAGUAUCUAUUUUUUAAAGGGAAUAAAGCAGGCCAGGGUUGUAGCUCAAUGGUAAAAUGCAUGCCUCACAUGUCUGAGACAUUGGGUUCAGUUCUUGACAUCAAGAAAGAACAAGUCUGAAAAUGCUGAUUUUGAAGAACACUUAUAAAAUACACUUGUUUUUAAAAUCAUGUUGUAGAAAAAUAUGUAUACAUGAUCUCAUCUAUGGCUUUGUAAAUAAACAUGUAUGCUUAUAUGUGGACAGAA